AUGGAUCACGCGGUUUCACAUUUUUUCUGGUGCGAUAGCUCUGGCUCAAGUGCAAGAACAAGCGUUAUAUUCAGUUUCAAUGUCGUAGCAGAUACGGGUGUUAGCGGUGUGGAUCAUGCCAAAGGAAAUGAAUACGGCGCUGGUCAAGGGUUACGUCUGUGCGACUUGAUGGAUUUGGAGACACUUUGUAUUGAUCCGCACUACAGUCCUGCAACGUUCCCGACAGCCAGCCAAGGUUCGAUAAAGGUAUCACCGUGUUCGAAUAGUGCUGUGAAAGCAGAACUGAACGCAGGCAACGCCCAACUCGCGUGUUGUACACAAUAUUCUGACAGCAAACUUAUCGGUAAUUCAUCGCGUCCAAUGCUCAGGACAGAUGCUCUGACAGCAAGUAGCUUUCUUGAUAACAGAAAAAGUCACGGUUACGGAUACGAUGGACUUGGUGUCCUCCGUAGUGACAACGUGGAUGGAUCGUGGUGUCCUCGUUCCAACUCGUCUUUUUGA